CGAUAUAAAAAAAGAGCGUUUGGCUGCUCGCUUACAUAUUUCUUAAAACUAUUUCUCAAGUAAUAACUUAUAAACCUAUAGAUUAAUAUAAAAUGAUAAAGUUUAUGUAAAAAUGGCUUGCUUGUAAUAACAAUGAAAAGUAAUUAGCAUUUUAAGGCGGGAAAUUUAGACUCACUUAAAAAUGGCCAAAGGAAGAUUAAUAACUCGAUCUGUAUCAAAGAACAAACCAGUAGACAUGACCUUAAACCUGGAGUGCUCAGACGAGCCGUUGAGCGAAGCUCAACUAGCAAUGUCUACAAAAUUAAAAGAAAACUACGAGCGAGUGGUGUCAACCCUAGACGACCUUAUGAAGGAGCACAGCGGGCAGCUGCUAACCCAAGUGGGAGGUGUGAACGCGUACCAAUACAAGCUCUCAUCAAACACAGUGAACAGCCCGUCUCUGAUAAAAGCGAACCAAUUGAGCGUAGUCAACCAAACCAAGUCAAUAAAGCUCAACGUGUUGGACACUUCCAACACCGCAACGCCCUUAACCACCACAACAACAACCCCGCAAGGUAACAUGCUGGUAGUAGACCCACGAAUGGGCGUCUUAUUAGGCACCGUGGUCUCCAGCCAGUCUUUGUCAGCGCCAGUGGUGACAACAUCAACCGCAGCAUCAACACCAGCAGCUACAACUGUUUCCACCGCUUCCCAAAAGUCUCUUAUCAGCACCACUGAGAGCACAACCACCCCGACCAACUCCCGGAUUACUACCACGUCUUCCGGAGCAAUUACUUCAGUGGUAACCACUCCGACCGCUAUGAGGAGAGCCAAAGUUGUUCCUCUUCAGCAGCUGCAAGAAGAUCCCGAGAUUCCUGCUUUAAGAUUGAGGAAUAAAACAGUAACUACUUCCUCUACUCCAACCACGACCACCCCCACAGCGACUCCGAACUCCCAAGGAAUCAAGAUCAACAGGUCUACAACUACUUCCAACUCAAUUGUAGUCUCCAGGCCGACUGAGCAAACUAGCAUCGGCGGGAUUCGCGUCGGAGCCAAGAACGGAGCCGGUGAUGUAAUCGAAGAAGCCAAGAAGAACCUUCCGGACAACAAGGAGAUCGCUUUCAACAAAGCCAACGGCACCAGGACCUUCCCUUCAUUGGUAGUAGUCGCGCGACCUCACCUGAGCAUCAAGAACAUCACCACAGCUCAAGCAACUCAGGAGCGCAGCGAGCUGGACAUGACUGUAAAGAAUGUGCUAGUUUACACUCCCUCUAAAUUCGCAGAGUGGCUCAUCCAGAAGGGCCUGAUCCGCUCGGAGCAGUUCUGCACCCAGCACCCCACGGGAGUCGUCGACCCAACGGGAAAUCCUUCGUACAAGAAACUAAAACUAGGAAUGUACAGCGACGCGGGAACUUUUCCUUACUCUGGCGGGUACGUUUGGAUCGCCAACUGCUGCCACAAUAAAUUCGUCUCAGUCUUCUCUGGGUCUAUAUUCCAAGGAGCGCCUCACCCGCCUUCAGUGCUGCUUAAGUUGAUCUACCACUGGUCCUGCCAGACAAAUAUUCAAAACGUAGUUUCCUGGGUCAAGGUCUCUAAUGUUUACGUCAAGAACUUCUACACCAACCUCCGGAGUGUCUGCACAGCCGCUAUCUGGGACAAGAGCUCCCUAAUGGGCGGCAAGGGCUCCAGCAUCCAGGUUGGAGUCAUCAGCCUUGGCACCACUUCUCAAGAUGGCAAUAUGCGGCAAGUAAAGGUUGAAGUUUUGGGAAUUCUUAAUGCUGAAACCGGGCAAUUGAGAUUGAGAGCCUGCGACCCGAUGCAUGACUCCGACAGGUCUUUCAGAAGAAGGUUCAAUAAUAUUCUCCACCCUCUGGAGAACUGGGUCCAUAAGGACUCCAAGAUCCUGACGGAUUUUACAGUAGACAAACCUACUCUGCAAGACAUGGGCUUCUCCCAAGUCCACCAGACAGCUUUUAGCGACCAGAACCCCCGGAACACCCGAAGCAACUACCAGAUAAUGGAGUACCUGAGAAAAAUAGUCCCCAGGAUGUUCCAGAACACUUUGAGUCUCCUGAGCCGCCAGAUGAUGCAGCAGUUCCUUGAUGAGCUAGUUUGGCGCGAGACUUUUGGCUCCACAGCCGCUCGGGCGUUUGAUAAUAUCAUUCUGCACCUCGCGGAACAAACCAAGCUGUGCACCAGCGAGUCGCUGCUAGACCGGCUGGCUAAAAUCUCCACUAAUCCUUUUCAAGACUGGUCUUAUACUGUUGAAUCUCAGACUCUGCCUCUGUCUCUCCCUUCUGUCCCGGAGCAUUUGAAAGUGGGUCUAGGAGGUGGCAAGAAGGAGAACAACCGCCAAUCAGAGCCGGUUCAAUUAAAGCCCGGGCCUAAGAGAAAACGCAAGCGGCAGCAAGAUUCUGGCCCAGAAGCUAAAAGACCUCUUCUGGACUUUAAAUUGAUUCAAUAUCGAGGCAUUGAGCAUCUGAAAAGCGACCAGAUUCCGUUGAGUGAAUUUUACUAUGCGACUGUUGACGGAGAUCCUCACCAGGUGGCGAAGGAGGACAAGAGCGCCGUUGAUUUUAAAUGCUUCCUCUGCAACAGUGUUUUGAAAACUAAUACGCAGAUUAUGGAGCAUAUGAUCUGUCAUGUUCCACCCAGAGUUCCUGGACAGACUGUGGUUAAUGAUGAUGAUGAUGAAAAUAGCAGCAGUAAUAAGAAUAAUAGGAGCAGUCAUGUGUGCAGGUACUGCUGCGCUGCUUUCUCGUCUAAGCACCAGAUGACCACCCACAUUGACGAGCAUCACAGUGUCUUUGGAAAGAGCGACGACGCUGCUAUGGUGGCUUGUGGAAUCUGCGAGCAGAAGUUCAGCAACACCCAAUUAUUAAUCAAUCAUAUGUCGUUCAUGCACCUGCCCUCGGAGAUGCCUUACAGGUGUGACAGCUGCUGGUACAGAACUUCCAGUCACAAGGACAUCAUUGAUCACUUCUAUGAAGUUCAUGAGAAAGGAGAGACGCUCCAGUGUCCUUAUUGCUUGAAACUAAUUCCACUUGCUAAGGAUGGAAAGGUCAGCACUAGCAAUGUCCAUGUUUAUUUAGUGCAUUUGCAGAGACACAUGGUGAGGCGCGAGCAGGGUAGGGGGAAUAAGUGCACCAGGUGCUGCUUGUGGUUCAAUCAGAAGAGCCUGCUUCAAAGACACCAGCGGACUCUUCAUCAGGUUUAUCAUGGAUCCAAGGAUCCUAACUUUCAUCCGUUUAAGCAUCCAAUGUCCGACUCGGAUCAGAGCAAUAUUAUUGUCAUUUGCAAAUCGCAGCACCAGCUCAGAAGAAUUGUUGUUAGAAGCCCUUCGCCGGAGUUGCCCGAGGAUAAUAAUAUUAGAAAGUGGAGCUGGGGACAAGUUAAGAUUCAUUUGCCUAAUAUGGGACUCAGGUCUUAUCAGCCGUUGGCUUGUUUGGAAUGUGAAGAGGAUGUUGAUGAGGAACAACAUUUUCCUGGGGAACAGAGGUGCUUGCGGUGUCGUUAUGUUACUUGUUGUUGGAGGGCUUUUAAAGAACAUCAGCAGCAGAUUCAUAAUGAACGGCCGAUGACUAGUUUAAUUGUUCCAUCGCCGCUGGUUAAUAUUCCGCUGGAGAAAAAAAUGAAUUGCUCGUGUGGAUUAGCGACUAUUGAUGGAAAUUUAUUGGCAUCUCAUCUGGUAAAAUGUCGACAAACAUCACCUAAAGCUACUGUAAAAGCAGUGAUCGAAACAGUAGAAGAAAAUAAAGAAUCUCCGGUAAUGCUGGACAGUCUGGGCCUGAUACCCAAAUCAGUACCCUAAAAAAAAAAAGCAGUACAAGGGAAAAAAACAAACUUUGACUAUUGGUAUAAUUCAAAUAAAAUAAAAUGUCUUAUACUUAUUGCACUUACUCUCCACUGAGUGCUUUUUUUCACAACAAAUAAUAAUUAAAUCAAUCGUAAUUAAUUUUUGUGUAUUGAUAAAAAUAAUAAUAACAUUUAAAAUUAGUUAUUUUUUUUUCAGGUUAUUUAUUUAGCAAUUAUUCAUUCCCUCGUAAACCUAUAAAUAAGAAUAAUAAAUGAGCGUACAUAUUUUAGCGACAAAAUUUUCGGAGUAAUUAUUAUUAAUAAUAAUAAAUUUUAUUAUUUAUAUAUCUAAAUUAUUUAUUAUGAUCGGAUGUUAUUGUUACAAAUUAAAUUGAAAUAGAGAAAGAAAAAAACAAUAUAUAAUUGAAACAUAAAUGUAAAUUUUAAACAGUAAUAUUUAAAUUGUAUAUGCACAAUAUAUUGCCAAUUAUUUAAAUUGGGUCUAAACGCUACACUAAAAAUUGAGAAUACUACUAAACACAAAAAAUUUUUUUUUGACAUUUUUAAAUUUAAAUUAUCUUUUUUUUUUGGAUUUUAAUUUUUUUUUAUAUAUAUAUAUUUUUAUCAUUACUUUAAGUGUCUGUAUGAGUCAACACAGAAACCGCCUUUAUUAAUGGUAAUUUUCAAUUAUUAAUUGAUUGGAUUCACAAAUGCAUUAUAUUGACAUUAAUUAAUUAAUUAAUUAAUACUAUUAAUUAAAAGUAAAUUAUAGUGUUAAUUUAUAA